AUGGCCUAUUUAUUGGCAUUUUCAAUAUGCUUAGCGUUGCUGUUAGCGUCGAUUUCCCUGUACCGAUACGGGUGCAUCCAGCGGCAGCACCCUCUAGUUACUUUCUCAGUGCUGACGGCAUGGAGUUUUUCAUUUUUAAUCGUCUUCACCAUCCCACUAGACGUAACUUCGACUGUUUACAGACAAUGCAUCCUUGAAUACAACACAACGAAAUCUGCAACUGUUGUUACUGGAGACGGUAAUGGAAGCACAUGUCAACGUCCGUGGGGAAUGGUAGAAGAGGAAGUGUUUCCGAAUCUCUGGCGUAUCAUUUACUGGUCAUCGCAGUUUUUAACCUGGUUGAUCAUGCCACUGAUGCAAUCAUACUUGAAGGCCGGUGAUUUUACUAUUAAAGGGAAACUCAAAUCCGCCUUGGUUGACAACGCAAUUUACUACGGAUCGUACCUAUUUAUCUGCGGUAUUCUAUUGAUAUAUCUCGCUUUACAACCCGGAAUCUCUCUGGACUGGCAAAAGUUAAAGGCCAUAGCAUCGUCCGCAUCAAAUACAUGGGGUUUGUUCUUGUUAGUGUUACUCCUAGGUUACGCUCUCGUGGAAGUCCCUCGUGGAUUAUGGAACAACUCAAAACCUGGAUUUACGUUACAAUAUGCCUAUUUCAAAUUAUCGAAACUAAGCACCGAAAAAGCGGAAGCAGAAGAGCACGUUGAUGAUGUUUUGGAAAGCCUGUUGUCGGCUAGUCGAGCCAUUCCUACGAGACACGAGCUCCGACCGGCUCUAGAGACUAUCUUACGAAAAGUCCCUACUGAGUUGAUGGAACGUGCUCGUCGCAUCAGUCGAGAUGACGGAUCACCGGUGGCCGUCCCUUCGGAAAAAGCGUUAGUUAGACUACACCGGCAGGUUAUUAAAUCUUUGCAAACUUUUCAGCGGACGGAAGCACUGUGGAAUGUUCAGGUCAACAAAGUUCUUCAUCUGGAAGAUGUAGCAAAGAAUGCCGUUUCUUUGGAUCAUCGGUUCAAAAUGGAAUUUCCAAGAAAUCGUACUGGUCUCACGAGAGCGAUUUACAGUCCAACCGCCGAAUGGUACUGGGAAUGUGUUAUGAAAGCCCCGUUUCUCAAAGCACUUGCCAUAAUAACAGGAUUUUUGUCGUUUACCGUCGUUUGGAGUGAGCUAACCUUUUUCAAUCGGGAGCCAGUUCUCUCCAUUUUUGCUAACGUACUGGAGAUAGCCAAGGAGAACUAUGAUUUUGUUACAAUCGAAUUGUUUUCGAUGGUGACACUGUGCUAUCUCUGUUACUGCGCCUACUCCACAGUGUUUCGUAUCAAAUUUUUAAACUUGUACUAUUUGGCUGCACAUCACCAGACUAAUGAAUACAGUCUGAUAUUUAGUGGUAUGUUACUUUGUCGUUUGACACCGCCCAUGUGCUUAAACUUCCUAGGUAUGAUUCACAUGGACUCGCACAUCAUAAAGGAACGCAUCCAGGAGACGCAUUAUACUCAGAUCAUGGGUCACAUGGACGUGUUGGGAAUUAUUUCCGACGGAUUCAACAUAUAUUUCCCUAUGGUGAUGCUUGCCUUCUGUUUGGCCACCUGGUUCUCGUUGGGUAGUCGCGCUUUGAAUGCUCUCGGUUUUCAGCAAUUCAUGCUCAAUGAAACCAUUGCCACCGAAUUGGUUCAGGAGGGCAAGGAUUUGAUUGUGCGGGAAAAAAGAAAGCGCCAACGGGCUGAAGAUGCGAUCGCGCGACGGCGAGAUAAUAUUCUCAGCAAUUUAGGUCGAGAUGCUGGGUUAGCGGGAAAUAGCGGUGGAAACGGAGGUAGUAGUAGUGGCGUAGGAAAUAUACUAGCAAAAUACAAAUCAAGGAAUUUAGAUUCGGCUACCGGGACGGUCGGUCCUAAUGACGAUCUAGUGAGACAUGGUGAUCGACUUGACUAUAGUACCAAUGGCCGGAGAGGAACUGAUCUGAAUCGAUCGUUGUCGGAGGAGAUCAACGAGCGAUUCGGGGUUAGCACGAACGUCACCGUUGGAUUUAAAGGCUAUAGCGAAUUCGGUGACGAUGAUGACGAAAUAGGCAACAGAAGUGGAGGAGCUGCUCCUCGUGGGUUCUUCGAUGAUGUCUAGAGUGGUGAGUUUUAGGCGAGUGCAUUUUAGUUUUACAGCAGUGGUGAUACUAAGUUAAACAUUAUAAAUAUAUUUUACGUUUUUGAUGUACCUAAUCUAUCUACAUUUGAAUCAAUUGCCAGCCACUAGCAUAAAUUCCAAUAGUAAAAAACGCUAAAAUAAAUGCUGGGAAAAUUUUGAUGAAUAUGAUUUAUGUGAAUAAAACUCCACUGUGUUUUUAAAGUCGAGAUAUCAGUGGGUUUGAAUAAUGUCCAUUGAAUCCAUUAAUAUUAACAAAAUCCAUGGAGACAAGAACAUUGUUUAUCCGAGUGAUGUACUAAAAACCCUUUGUACUGUACUAUAAUGGGUAGUUCAGCGUAAAUGAAAGAAAUUAAUACUAAAAGACAAAAGAUCAGAGCGGUAAUCACCCAAAACAAAAAAAAAACAAUAUUAAAUAACUUAUCCGUAGUUUACCUACAUUUACUGUGCUACACAAAUAUGUGCACCUCAAUCAAGAAAUAAAGAAAUUGUGCUAUUGAUAGUAUAUCUAGAGCACGUGUCCCUGUACUAAAAAUGUUUACCAUAUAGCUACACUAUACCUAACACGUUGCAUGAUAUAAUAAUGCGUAGCAUGUAUAUGAUCAACAAGCAUGUAAAAUUCUUUAAUAAAGCGCAAAUGGUAGAAA